UCUGAGGGAAAACAUCAGACACAGAUGAGUCAAUCCACUGAGGCAAGUCAGGGAGAAGAUCAUAGCACUGGAUGGUGCAGAACAGAACAUCAUUCAAGGACCUCCAUAGCAACCUGCACUGAGACAGAGAAGUGAUUCAGAUCACCACAUUAAAGCAGCAUAAACCUGAGAGAGGAUUUCAGAUCAGACACUGGAGUAAAGAUACAAACACCCAACCGGUGAAUUCAAGUGGACAACAGAACAACUGUGUUCCCUCUGUAGAAUAAACAUAGGUUCAGAGUGCUAGGACCUGGGCUAAAACACACUGGGCUAAACUGCAAACCAGAGCUUGAUCUACUACUGAGCUAAACUACUGCUGAGAGCUGAGGAUGCCGGAGGAGGGUAUGGAGGAAACCAAGGGGGUAGAGGAGGAAACCAAGGGGGAAGAGGAGAGACCCAAGUGGAACAACAAGGCAGAGUAUCUGCUGACCUGCAUUGGCUUUGCUGUUGGACUGGGCAACGUGUGGCGUUUCCCCUACCUCUGCCAGAUUUACGGAGGGGGUGCGUUCCUGAUCCCCUACCUGAUAGCCCUGGUGUUUCAGGGUCUGCCUCUGCUCUAUCUGGAGCUGGCUAUAGGACAGAGGCUCCGCAUGGGCAGCGUCGGAGUCUGGAACUCCAUAUCACCCUACCUGGGAGGACUUGGUGUAGCCUCUAUGGUGGUGUCCUUCUGUGUGAGUCUGUUCUACAACACUAUCGUGGCCUGGGUACUCUGGUACCUCUUCAACUCCUUCCAGGAACCCCUGCCCUGGAGCCAAUGUCCCCUCAACCACAACAACACAGGGUACGUGGAGGAGUGUGUAGAAAGCACGCCGGUCAACUACUUCUGGUACCGCCAGACCCUGAACAUCACUCCUAACAUGGACACCAGUGGCUCUCUACAGUGGUGGAUGGUGGUCAGCUUAGGUACCGCAUGGGCUAUCGUUUACAUCUGUUUCAUCAGGGGAAUCGAGACCAUCGGCAAGGCUGUGUAUGUAACAGCAACGUUCCCCUACCUGGUCCUGACCAUCUUUCUGGUGAGAGCCCUGACCCUACCUGGAGCUUCUGAAGGUCUAAUGUACCUGUUCACACCUGACUGGGAGAUCCUGAAGAACCCCCAGGUAUGGCUGGAUGCUGCCACUCAGAUCUUCUUCUCUCUGUCAGUGGCCUUUGGUGGACUCAUCUCAUUCUCCAGUUACAACAGCCUCAAGAAUGACUGUGAGAGGGAUGCUGUUGUAGUGGGGGUUAUAAACAGUGCCACAUCUAUCUAUGCCUCCAUCCCCAUCUUUGCCAUCCUGGGAUUCAAGGCUCACACCAACUAUGUCACCUGUCUGAAUGGUAACAUCUUAGCACUGACCAAUGAGUUUGAGAUUAGCGACAUGAACAUAACGGUUGAAAACUACGACCAGUGGUUUGACUCUUUAAAUGGGACACAUCCAGCUAGAGUAUCCGAUCUCAACCUGAAGACAUGCGACCUGCAAACCUUCUUGGAUCAGAGUGCGUCUGGUACUGGGUUAGCGUUCAUCGUGUUCACAGAAGCGGUGAUAUCGAUGCCUGGCUCUCAGGUGUGGGCUGUGCUCUUCUUCGUAAUGCUGUUCAGUCUGGGUCUGUCCUCCAUGUUUGGUAAUCUGGAAGGCGUCCUCACGCCCCUUCAUGACCUCAAACUGGUGCCCAAGUGGAUGCCCAACGAGCUCUUCACAGCAAUAAUCUGCCUGGUGUCAUUCCUGUUGGCUCUGAUAUUCACUCUGGGAUCAGGGAACUACUGGUUGGAGAUCUUUAACAGUUACGUGGGCUCUGUACCUCUCCUCAUCAUCGCCUUCUUUGAGAUCAUCGCUGUGGUCUACGUCUACGGAAUAGGACGGUUCAGUGAUGACCUGGAGUUCAUGACAGGACGUAGACCCAACAUCUUCUGGAAGGCCUGCUGGUUGGUCAUCAGCCCUCUGAUGCUGGUCGUCGUGUUGGUGGCGUAUGUUGCCAUCCAGGCCCAGGAACACCCCACCUACCCAGCAUGGAAUCCUGACUAUGUGAACUUCCCCGACACAGAGGUUCUGCCGUAUCCAGACUGGGUGUUUGCCAUCUGUGUCCUGCUGUCUUCAGUCCCAGUUCUCUCCAUCCCCCUCGUGGCCAUCUACAGACUCAUCUGCUGCAUGUCAGGAAGACACUCUAAAGACAAUCUCCAUAACGAUCCGAAUCCCUACGCCAACGAAGGCUACGUCGUAGAGAGCUAGACCCUAAAAGAUACUGUACUUCCUGUUUGAGCUUUUAUUGUAAGCAGGAAUCAGGAGGACUGUGGCUGAUACUCUGUAUUUAAUCUAUCCUCCUCUGAGCAACACUGUAAAACAACGCUGAGGGAUCGCUGACUUCUCAGACCUUGGUGAAGUAACUGCCUCACAUCAACUGAAAUGGACCUUUACAUUCCUAACACUCAUGAAUCAAAAAGGGUGUUUAUUUGUUUUAAUCUUUUUAUAAUGAAGGACGCAUGAUCAGUUGCACUCAAAUUGGACAGUGAAUUUAAAAUGUCUCCAGGAUUAGUUUUUUAUUUUUAUUAUUAUUUGGGGUGACACAAAGAGGAUUGAAGAGCUGAGAAUCAGUGAAUGUUGGGUUUACCAACUUUGACCAACAAAAAAUUGAUUUAUUAGUCAAAGUAUAGAUUUUUUUGUAUUUAUUUUCUCACACAGAGCAUAAAGAUUAGAGUGAAUGUAAACAGCAUAGAGCUUUCAGUGUAAAUAUAUAGUAUCUAUGCCGUUACAUUUUCUACUGGAGAUGAAAUUAUAUCUGUGAUAUCUGUACUUCCUUAUUUCUUUCAUAGGACCUACCACUCCUAAACCAUAAACAUUAGAGAUAAUACAGCAAUUAGAUGGAUAAUUAACCUAGGCGUUGAAACCCCGGUAUGAAAGUAUGAAAAGCCUCUUUUAGUUUUACUAAAGCACAAAACAUAAAUAAAAAACGUU